AUGUCGGCCCUCAGCCCGUCGGCCCACAUCGACACGCAGCACGAGGACCACAUCCACGACUGCCAGUGGGACUACUACGCGCGGCGCCUCGCGACGGCGAGCAGCGACCGCACGGUCAAGGUCUGGAACGUGGAAGCCGAGAGCCACGCGCUCAGCGCGACGCUGACUGGCCACGACGGCCCCGUCUGGGAGGUGGCCUGGGCGCACCCGCAGUACGGCACGGUGCUGGCGUCCUGCUCCUACGACGGCACGGUGCUCGUCUUCAAGGAGGACGGGCCCGGCCGCUGGUCGGUGGUGCACAAGUUCGCCCCCCAGGCGUCGCAGCCCGUGUCGAUAAAUUCGAUCGAGUUCGCGCCGUCGGCCUUCGGGCAGCUCAUCCUCGCCUGCGCGUCGUCCGACGGCCACGUGACCGUGCUGCGCCACGACGCGGCGACGGCGGAGUGGGGCGAGGACCGGUUCCUCGCGAGCCCGCUCGGCACGAACGCCGUGUCCUGGGCGCCCCUGGGCGUCAACGGCUCGACGCGGGACGACGGGUCGCCCAUCCUGCGCCUGGCGACGGGCUCCGCCGACUGCCUCGUCAAGGUCUGGUCCGCGAGCGCGCCGGACGAGCACACGGGCGCGGUCCACUGGGACGCGGAGCCCAUGGCCGACGGCGGCAAGCUCCACAAGGCCUGGGUCCGCGACGUCGCCUUCUGCCCCUUCUACGGCGUGCCCCAGCCCUGCCUCGCGUCCUGCUCCGAGGACAAGAGCGUCUACGUCUGGUGCCGGGGCGACCUCGAGAUGUCGUGGACGCCGAAGAAGGUCGUCGCGCUGGAGCAGCCCUGCUGGCGCGUCAACUGGUCCGUGACGGGCAACAUCCUCGCCGUCAGCUCCGGCGACGACGACGUGUCCAUGUGGAAGGAGACGAUCCAGGGCGAGUGGUUCCAGCUCGGCGAGCCGGAGAAGCUCACGAACGGCGCCGCGGCGCCGCCGAACUGA